ACUAAACACCACUUUUUCGACAGAUCAGUUGGAAGAAAAGCGAUUCCCAAGAGGAGACAUAUGGCUGAGACACUUUUGUCGUUUGGAGUUCAGAAGCUUUGGGAGCUUCUUGUCCGAGAAUCUGAUCGAUUUAAGGAAGUUAACGAGCAACUUACUGUACUGAAAAGUGAUGUCAACUUGCUUAGGUCCUUUUUGAAAGAUGUAGAUGCCAAGAAACAUGCAAGUUCAGUGGUUAGAAACUGUGUGGAAGAGAUCAAGGAAAUCGUUUUCGACGCUGAGGAUGUAAUCGAAACGUUUCUUCUAAAGAAAGAACUUGGACGAACAAGUGGCAUCAGGAAGCGCAUGAGAAGACUUGCUUUCACCAUAGCGGAUCGCAGGGAACUUGUGUCUCAGAUGGAAGGCAUAAGUAAGAGAAUCUCCAAGGUGAUCCGAAACAUGCAAAGUUUUGGGGUGCAACAGAGGAUUGUUGAUGGCAGCGGGUAUUCAGACACUAUCCAAGAAAAACAAAGGGAGAUGAGACAUACUUUUCCUAGCGACAACGAAAGCCAUCUUGUGGGUUUGGAGGAAAAGGUGAAGGAAUUGGUUGGCUAUUUGGUAGAAGAAGAGAGCAUUCAAGUGGUUUCUAUAUGUGGGAUGGGCGGUAUUGGCAAAACUACCCUGGCUCGCCAAGUUUUUAGUCAUGAGAUGGUUAAGAAACAUUUUGAUGGAGUUGUGUGGGUUUGUGUGUCACAACAGUUUACACGAAAAUAUGUGUGGCAGACUAUCUUUCAGAGGUUUAGUUCCAAUCACGAUGAACACAGAGGGUCAGAUAUGACUGAAGAUGAGCUUCAAGACAAACUUUUUCGACUACUCGAAACUAGCAAAUCUUUGAUUGUCCUGGAUGAUAUGUGGAGAGAAGAUGAUUGGGACAAUAUAAAGCAUGUGUUUCCACCAACUAAAGGAUGGAAGGUUUUAUUUACUUCUCGCAACGAGAAUGUUGCACUACGCGCAGAUACAGAAUGCGUAACUUUCAAACUAAAGUGCUUAACCCCCAAAAAAAGUUGGACACUUUUUCGGAGGAUAGCUUUUCCUAGGAAAGACACAUCAGAGUUUAAGGUUGAUGUAGACAUGUUAGAGAUGGGCAAGAAAAUGAUAAAACAUUGUGGAGGACUACCAUUGGCUGUCAAAGUGUUAGGAGGCUUGUUAGCUGCCCAACCCACUUUAAGUGAAUGGAAAAGGGUUUAUGAGAAUAUUGGAUCCGACUUGGCAGGAAGAACUAGUUUUAAUGAUGGAUAUUGCAAUUCAGUUCAUAGUGUACUGUCUCUAAGCUUCGAAGAGUUGCCUACUUUUUUGAAACAUUACUUUCUCUACCUCGUCCAUUUUCCCAGAGAUUAUCAAAUCAGUGUGGAGAAUUUAUCCUAUUAUUGGGCUGCAGAAGGAAUACCAAGGCCGAGUUAUUCCGAGGGAGCGACAAUUGAAGAAGUCGCAGAGGGGUACAUAGCAGACUUGGUGAAGAGAAACAUGGUUAUUUCUGAAAAAAAUGCUUCUACUUCAAAAUUUGAAACAUGUCACUUGCAUGACAUGAUGAGAGAAGUUUGUCUGCUUAAAACUGAAGAAGAGAACUUCCUACAAAUUGUUCACGGUUCAUCGUCAACUGCAUACUCUAAAUCUUAUCGUAAAUCUCGCAGACUCGCUGUACAUCGUCCUGAUGAAACAUUUAGUAUGGAGAAGGAAGUGAAUAGUCCAAGCCUUAGGUCUCUCUUGUUUAUUUGGGGUUCAAACUGGAAGGCAUCAGGUUUAUUCUUUGAAAGGCUACAAUUGAUGAGGGUUUUGGAUCUCUCUAGAGCGCAUUUUGAAGGAGGGAAGAUACCAUCUAGCAUUGGAAAGCUCAUCCAUUUAAGAUAUCUAAGUUUAUAUAAAGCGCAUGUAUCUCGUCUACCUUCUUCAAUGCGGAAUCUGAAGCAGCUGGUCUAUUUAAACUUAUGCUUAUAUGCGAGAUAUCCACUUUAUGUGCCAAACAUUUUUAAAGGGAUGCAAGAAUUGAGAUACCUUUCAUUACCUUCAGGGAGAAUGCAUGAUAAGACAAAGUUGGAAUUAGGUAACCUAAUCAACUUGGAGACGUUGAAGUUCUUCUCAACAAAGCAUAGCAGUGUGACGGAUCUUCACUGUAUGACAAGGCUAAGGAAUCUCUUAAUCAUAUUCAACGAAGAGGGGUGUACUAUGGAAACGCUAUCUUCGUCUCUAAGUAAACUGAGACAUCUCGAAAGUCUUAGCAUAGAUUACAAUCAUUUCAAGGUUUUUGCUCCCACAGAUGAUGAAAAAGGAUUUGUUUUGGGUUGUAUCCAUCUAAAAAAGCUGGAGUUGUGUGUAUACAUGCCAGGGUUACCUGAUGAGAAUCACCUUCCUUCUCACCUUACAACCAUAUCUCUAACUGGUUGUCGUUUGAAAGAGGAUCCAAUGCUGAUUCUAGAGAAGUUGUCACACUUGAAAGAGGUUGAUUUAGGGAAAAGAUCAUUCUGUGGGAAGAGAAUGGUUUGCUCGAGGGGUGGGUUUCCUCAGUUGCAGAUGCUAUUAUUUCUUGGAUUACAUGAGUGGGAAGAGUGGAUAGUAGAAGAAGGUUCAAUGCCCCUUCUUCAUACUCUCGAUGUUAGUUAUUGUGCAAAAUUAAAGGAGGUUCCUAAUGGGAUACAAUUUCUCACUUCUUUAAAAGAUCUGUGUAUGGGAGAGGAAUGGAAAAAGAGACUAUCAGAAGGAGGAGAAGAUUAUUACAAAGUCCAACACGUCAUUUCCGUUCGGUUUGGAGGGAAAGGUUGAUUUUAUACUAGGGAGACUAUCCUGCGUCGAUUAGGAACCUUAGCCUCACCGACUGGAUAUUGUCUCCAUCCACUAAUCAAUGCUCAUCGUCCACUAAUCAUCGCUUUUCCAUCGUCCACGUCAUCGAUCUGACCAUCGAUCUAUCACCAUACAACUCCAACCAAUGGCAAUGGGAGUGGCAGGUAGCAGUAUCCAGGGGGCCGACCCUGGGCUAAAUUUGGUAAAACCCAUGCUUUAGGCACCAAAUUAUGUUAUAGUUUUAAGGGGCAGCAAAAUUGUUAAACUUCAUUGUGGUAUAGUGGUUCGGACUAUUACUUUAGAGUAAACAUGGAGUGUUCGAAGUCUUAAAUGCACACAUCACAUACUAAACAG